AUGACCUUCCAACUAUGUGGUCUCGGCAAGUCUAGUUCAACAUCGGCCACCGGCAGCAGCCCAUCGCCAGCAUCCCAAUCGACGACUGGAACAAGCGAGACCGCACCGUGCGCAUCGAUAGCAGCACAGGCCGGUGGUGGUUCGGUGGCGGUUGUCGCUGCGGCCAUCGCAGCCGAUCGACGUCGACGUCGUCAGCAGCUGGGCGGACGUAAUCUACCAUCGCUGCCGGUUCUGCCGCCGAGAUCUCGUGGUCCGAUAAGGGCUCCGGAACCACCGCCACCGUACUGGGCACACUACGCACACCGACCGGUUCCAGCGCAACCGGCGGCGGGUUGCCCCACUGCCGAGAGAAUUGGUAGUGCAGCAUCGUCCGCUGCUGGUCGUGGUGGUGCCGGUGCUGCUUCUGGUAGGCACAACACAGCCACGACCACCGACGACAGUGACACCAGCAAUGACAGGCCGCGAGCUCAUCGUGGCAGAUCAACGUCCGGUGAUAGCUCGUCGACUGGUGCAGGCGGACAAGCAGCAAGAGGCCCCGAACGAGCCGAACCUGCCGUACGACAUCGCUACAACGUACCGAACCAGCAGAGGCAACGCAUUAAGGAGCAUCUGCUAAGUCAGGAUGCCUUUUGUCCAGAUUUGGUACAAAACUGUAAGAAUAUUGCCACCGACUCACCCGAACGUCAAUCAUCGCCCACGCUGGUAGAGUACGCAGAGAUAGGGGAACUAAGUCGGAACCUGGCAGCGGUUGUAGCCAUCAACGACGGGGCGUCCACUUCGACGGGCCGCACGCGAGAAAAGCCAGUGCCCAACUCCACUACUGCCGUGCAGCCCAGUCAGCCAUCUUCCGCUACUGGCACGGGUGUCAGUGCUGCGUCGGCAGCUACUAUGGGGCAAAACUUGAGUAUUCGUAGACCAAAGAUUUCACUCACAUGGGUACUUCGGGAGCAGUCACGCGAUGGGUCCUCAUCACUGGCCGGAAACGAUCGUACUGGGCAACAGCAUCAGCAAUCAACUCCGCAACAACCGACAGUAGUACAAGGUGUUCUGAAGGGAUCUCCAGUGGACAAAACGAGUCAAAGUGUAACAGGCACUGCUGGAAAUGGUGUGCCAGUUUCUCUCCACAAUAUAACUGGACAAACUGUAGUUUCGGGAGGCGAUACAGGCACUACGAUAAACCAACCGAAUGGACAAGCCUCGAAUGGCAUCUCGCCUAAUGGUCACAAUCAUCAUCACCAUCAUGUAAUAGUGCGGAAGAAAUCUCGAACUCGCAGUAAGGAAAGACUGUUUAGCGAAAAGUACGUCAGUGACAACAACCUGUCGGAAUAUCAUAGUGAGAAAUUACGCAGUGUAGCACACGCUAACGAGUACACCAUUGCGCCAACGGCCGUUAUAUCAAGUGCUGGUUCUAAUCUCUAUCGAAAAAGCAAUCGAAAGAAUAGUGAACGUUUGAAGAAGAAGGAUCGACUGCUGCUCUAUCCGAAUGGAACCACCGUAGAUGCUAGUGUGCAUCACAAUAAUAAUAAUCAACAUGCUGUUAAUCUUAACAAAGACCCUGCGUACAGUGAGAGCCUUAAAGAGAAGAUGGCAGUUGCGCUAAAGAACACCUAUUCGGAACCAUCUCUCUAUACAACGGUAUCGGAACCGUCCGCUUCUACCAAACAUCGACAUCACAGUAGACACCAUCAUAGGCGAAGACGGGAACGUUACCGAUCGCAACGGUUCGGGUACGAAAUUCACAACGUCGAUGAGUUCCUGUCCAAGUGUUCCUUAUCCUCUCCAGGGAACAUUCCCGUAGUAUUAUCGUCCGCAGCGACCCUGUACCAGACACGUCCCGGUAGCUACCAGAUCGAGAUACCGCUACCACUCGGGAUGGUGGUAAAUGCGGUGUUCAAGAACCAGAACUGGCUGUACGUGCAGACACCUCACGCCGAGGAGGGCUAUGUGGCGUACGAUACCUGCCUACCGCUCGGUAUAUUGCCAUCAAACCAAAGAUCUUCAUCCAGCUCGAAGCCUACACCCUGCUGGGAGUCGAACAAAGACGUUUUUCCCAAACCGUGCGGAAAUUUGACUGACAGCGAAAAGGAGAUACAGCAGCUGCGUGGUGGUACUCGUUCGGAAGGACGUAGAACGCCACGCUUGAAGCGAAGCAGUGCCAACAGCCGUAGUGCAGUCUCGAUCACCACAUGCAACAGUGAACGGGAUCUAGAUUCGUUGUAUCUGCGUACGGUGGCAUCCAAUCAACCGAAGGUAGCGGACGGUCAAACACAGUACGCUCAGCUGAAACUGACCACCAAGGUACUGAGUACGGUAGCGCCCUCGGUAAAGUCGGAAAAGGCGCUAGCGAUAGAACAGCUGGAAAAGUUAAUUUGCUCCGGUAGUGGUGACUAUGUGCAUCUGCUGAAGCAGCAGCAGCAACACCUGUUGGCAAAACAGCAACAAUACAUUACCCAGCUACGUCAGCAGCAGCAACUAUGCAAAGCUGAUUCUCCUGUGCUUGGGAAGCAUCUUAGCUCUGUUCCUGGAACCAAAGUCAUCAACGGUAGCAAUCAUCUUCGUAUUGCACUUAGCGGCGUUACGAAUAAUGUACCGUCGUCUGUUGCCGGGAAUGGGUCGGUGAACGUUUGCUCACCAGGAGCCGCAGUACGGCAGACAUUGCUGGCCAUCACGGAGAACUACUGCUCGGAUGCGGUUUCGGUCCAUAAAGGGGAUGUUGUCACGUUACUCGCCUGCAAGGAGUAUCAGGAGAAGGGUUUGAAGAACUACAAGCAGUGGUUUUUCGUACGGACGAGGGAUGGACAUGAAGGAUAUAUACCGGCUGAAGCGGCCGGACAUGGGUUUCUUUAGAGGGAACUAUCAGAAAAUAGGCGGAUUGUCUGAGACUAUGUCUUAAAAGGCGCUUGUAGUAAUGUUCUAUGUGGUAGUUGUCCUUAGAUAGUGUAAGCGUUACUGUUUAACCAAAUGAUAUUUAAAAUCGUAAAAUUCAACAAAUAAAUGCAU